AUGAAUUCACGAGCUGACGAAGUACGCGUUCUAUUGAAUACAUGCAAUAAAAUUUUUGUCCAACGUGACUACUCAAAAGGGCUUGGUGUCCAAUUUGAAACUACGUUUCCGGUUGCGCUUGAAGGGAAGAUCAGUGAACAAGCGUGGGCAUAUACAAUUACGACGUUGAAUUCGUACUACACUAAGGCUGAACAAGUUUGUUGCGGAACGAUACUCGAAACGUUAACCGGAUGCCUUUCAUGCUACAUUUCUAGGCUUUUCGUAAAGACACAAUACGAGAAGUCAUUAAUGGAAAUUAAUCGAUUUUUGGCAGAGCAAAAUACGAAUGUUUACCUUCCAUCAGGUGUACAUUUGACGGAUCCCAUUCAGCGUGGUCUUCGUGUGUUCGAGCUUAGUUUAAUACAAACAUCACCAUCAUUACAUCAGGCUGAUGUAAUUCCAGAAGCAAACUAUGCUUUAGGAUUGGAUGGAACAAAGUAG